AGCACUAACACAUGCGGACGUGAAAUGUGUUUAAUUUUGUGAUAAAAUGUUACCAGUGGAUAAAAUCACGCAACUUUGUUACGAUCAUUUCCGCGACUUGCCCAAACGAGGCAAACCAGAAUUAGGCCGAGAAUGGACACUUCUAGCUGCGGUUGUGGAAGUGCGACAAAAACUUAAAGAAAACAUUGAGAUGAAGGUUGUGUCUUUGGGAACUGGAACGAAAUGCAUCGGACGUGCUGCAAUGAGUCCCAAGGGAGAUGUCUUGAAUGACAGCCAUGCUGAAGUUAUUGCCCGGAGAGGGGCUGUCAGGUACCUGGCUGAGCAGCUCCGGCUGGCCGUGAGUGGGGCCAACAGCUCCGUGUUCUGCCCCUCAGAGGAGAUGGGCAAGUGGAGGCUGCAGCCAGAAGUGUCCUUUGUCUUCUUCACCAGCCACACGCCAUGUGGAGAUGCCUCCAUUAUUCCCAUGGACGGCAGCCCAGCCCAGGUCUGUCCCCCACUCAGGCCCGAGGGUAGCGGGGACAAAGACCGCAGUAGUAUAGCACCAGAGAUGGCCCUAAAACGCAGAGCAGAGGAGCCAGAGGACCAGGCCAGCAAACGCCUCAGGGUAGAGGGAGAACCACACCUGGAUACAGCUGCACCCGACACAGAGGACACCACUGGUUCUGCUCCACAGCCAGAGAACAAUCAUCCUGUUGAUGAUGAUGACCCAUGUCAGCCAUCAGCCACAGAGGCUCAGGACACGCCACAGGCUGACGGGGAGACCGGUGUCGAUCAACAACAGGCCCGAGACAUCCAUCGCACCGGCGCCAAGUGCGUGCCGGGGGAGACGUGCGACCCGAAGGAGCCCGGCGCCGGGUACCACAGCACGGGGGUGCUGAGGGUGAAGCCGGGCCGCGGGGAGCCCACGCUCUCCCUCUCCUGCAGCGACAAGAUGGCCCGCUGGACGGUGCUGGGCUUCCAGGGAGCCCUCCUCAGCCACUACCUGCAGGGGGCCGUCUACUUCAGGGCCGUGGUCACCGGGAAGUGCCCUUACAGCCAUGGGGCCAUGCAGCGGGCGCUAUGCCAUCGGGUGUCCCAUGUGAGUGGGCUCCCAGCAGGCUUCUCAGUGCACCCCCCGGAGCUGUUGCAGUCCAGCCUGGAGUUCAGCCACAGCCAUCCCCAGACACAGAGCCAGCACGGCCACCAGACCAGCAAGGGACGAGUCUCGCCCUGUGGAGCAGCUAUUAGCUGGUGUGCCGUUCCCAACCUGCCGCUAGAUGUCACUGCAAAUGGUUACAAGCAAGGGAUCACUAAGAAGGUCCUAGGCACGCCACAAGCAAGGUCCCUUAUCUGUAAAGUCGAGCUGUUUCGUGCCUUCCAGACUGUGGUGACCUCCACUCCAAACACGCACCUGCCAGCCUCUCUCAGGGAGGGGGAUCUGCAGACGUAUUGGGACUACAAGCAGGCGUCCGGAGCGUACCAGCAGGCCUGGCAGCAGCUGCGACAGCAAGCCUUCCCGUCCUGGCUCCGCAGCCCACGAGACCUGCUGGGGUUCCACUGACACUACACUGCACAUGAGGAGAUUUCCCCUGGACGUGUCUGUGUCUGUGUGUGCACGUGCGUGCGUGUGUGCACGUGAGUGCGCGCAGGCUGCUAACAGCCUUGGCCGGGCCUGAGACAAAGUCCCCUGCAAAUACAUACAUUGUAAUAAGGACUCAUUUCUGGGCCCACUCUCUCUCUGUGGGCCCGGGACAACUGUCGUCCCAACCCCCCCUCCCUCGUCAUCUUCCUUGUUAGUGUGUGUAAGGGGUGAUGGGGCCAGUGACCCUUCACAGUUGGACUGGGGGGGUUGAUGUUGGGGCUGGAAGCUGAGCCUGAGAGGGGACGCGAGGACACGGCCAAACACAGAUGUGCGAGAGAGGGGGCAUUGGAGGUCCACGUCAGAUAAGGCCAACCUCAGAUGUGACACGAGGACACGGCUGGCUGAGCUAAGAGCCAGGAAAAGAGCUGAGGAUAACGUCAAAAAUAUCAGCACUACUACUACUAGUACUGUACAGUAUCCCUCCUACUUAGACAUUUUCAUAACUCUGUGGACAGGGUCACUCCUUCAACAUACAGCGGUGUUUUCCCUAAAAAGACCCUAUUUGCUUUUACGUCUACUCCAAAUAUGGAGGGAUUAUAUAUGGAUAUUGCCUGCAAACAACACAUCCCUUACAAGACAUUGACAAAGUUUACCUUUUAAAUGGUUAAGUUUACUUAGAGGCAAUCAAGACCAGGGGCAUUCCAGGGGCAUUCCAGACUGUAGGUUUAGUCACUCACUGGUGACGGUAUUUGACGCAGAGGGCAUACCACCAAUCGUGUUUCAUGUAAUAUGUUGACGUGGUCAUCUAGACCUAGACGCUCCCCUUAAAUCUAACCAUCAGGUAGCCCCGUAAUGCAUGCCGCACCACGUGUGGAACGCUGUAAUAGUCCUCAUUAAUAAUAAUAAUAAUAAUACUUUCGUUUUAUAUAGCGCCUUUCAAAACACCCAAGGACGCUUCACAGUGUUGAUCAUUACCAUAGUAUUACUAAUUACUCUACUAUGACAUAACAGAGGACCUCAAGUAAUGCACUAUGACUCGGUCAUUGCCAUUCUGUUAACAGCUCAUUUAUAGGCCAUCUUUUAAUGAGUUAAGUCCUGUUGCCCCAAGGGUGUGGGUUUGUGUGCCGUUAUAUGCCAAGGACAUACUUGUGACGUCAAAUAUUGCUGCCAUGUCGUGAUGUGACGUGUGGGGAUGGUACUAUGUUAUUUUAACACUAAUAGAGUGCCCAGUAGUUUUCUUUUAACUGCAAAAAACUUUGAAGGAAAUUUUUGGAAUAGGCCCGUGGUAGAAUGAGGAUGGCAACCGUGUGGAAUGCCUUUGGAAUUCUUGCCUACGUUUGGAACAAAUAAGGUUCUGUUCCAUGCUCCGCCUCCGUCUGGCUUACCUGUCAUCCCAACACUCUUCAGCUCUCCCUCCCAACUCCAGACAUUUGCUUGCUCUAUUUUUGUAUUAUGGAUUAUUGUAUUACACAUUAAAGAGCCCAGCAUAGUG